AUGAGCGUCUCUGUGCUGAGCCCCUCCAGCCCCCUGGCCAGCGUGUCUGGGCUCCUGCAAGUGGCCUGCCUGCUCAGCCUGGUCCUGCUGCUGAUCAAGGCUGCCCAGCUCUACCUGUACAGGCAGUGGCUGCUUAAAGCUGUCCAGCAGUUCCCGUCCCCACCUUCCCACUGGUUCUAUGGACACUAUAAGGAGUUCCAAAAUGAUGAGGAGCUAGUACAAAUAUUGAAAAGGAUGGAGAAGUUCCCGUGUGCCUGUCCUCGGUGGUAUUGGGGGACAAAGCUUCAACUCACUGUCUAUGACCCUGACUACAUGAAAAUGAUUCUGGGGAGAUCAGACCCCAAGGCUCAAGGCACAUACAGGUUACUGGCUCCCUGGAUUGGGUACGGUCUGCUCCUGCUGAACGGGCAGCCGUGGUUCCAGCACCGGAGGAUGCUGACCCCAGCCUUCCACUACGACAUCCUGAAGCCCUACGUGAGGCUCGUGGCCGACUCUGUGCGCGUGAUGCUGGACAAAUGGCAACAACAGCUCAGUGACCAGAACCCACUUGACAUCUUCGAGCCUGUCUCCUUGAUGACCCUGGACUCCAUCAUGAAGUGCGCCUUCAGCCACCAGGGCAGUAAGCAGUUGGACAGGAGCUCCCUGUCCUACAUCCAGGCCAUUGACAACCUAAAGAACCUGUUCUUUUCCCGAGCGAAGAAUGUCUUCUACCAGAACGACACUGUCUAUGGCAUGACCCCUGAAGGCCGCAGGAACCACCAGGCCUGCGAGGUGGCCCAUGAGCACACAGGGUGCAGGGAGGAGCUGCAGAGCCUCCUGGGGGAUGGCGCCUCCCUCAGCUGGGGCCACCUGGACAAGAUGCCCUACACCACCAUGUGCAUCAAGGAGUCGCUGAGACUCUACCCGCCGGUGCCCGGUAUUGGCAGGGAGCUCAGCAAGCCCAUCACCUUCCCUGAUGGACGCUCCUUACCUGGGGGAAUCACCGUAUUCCUCUCCAUUUAUGGGCUGCACCACAACCCCAACGUGUGGCCAAACCCUGAGGUGUUUGACCCGUCCCGGUUUGCUCCUGGAGCUACUCGGCACAGCCACGCUUUCCUGCCCUUCUCAGGAGGGUCCAGGAACUGCAUCGGGAAGCAGUUUGCCAUGAACGAGAUGAAGGUGGCCGUGGCCCUGACUCUGCUCCGCUUUGAGCUGGCGCCAGAGCCAUCCCAGAUCCCUGUUCCCUCUGUGAAAGUUGUGUUGAGGUCCAAGAAUGGGAUCCACCUGCAUCUCAGGAAGCUCCAGUAA